AUGUCGCAACCUGUUGGCCUCACAGACUCAAGAAUUGUUAUGGCAGAGCAGAGCAGCCACGAUGUGGUAGACCAAACCCUGUCGGGCGGCGAACCUUCGCCUUCCGACGUUCCUGCGAGCACUACCGACAAGAGAUCUGCUGGAGGGGACGCGGGGGAGUUCAAAGACACCGCUACAACGACACAACCGGAGACGAACGCGAGUGACCAACAGGGUGAACAAGGAACGGGAACUACCGAAAAGUCAGAGCGAGAAAACAAAACAAAAGAUACCGAUCAGACGCCGAGCGUGAGUGAUGCCGACAACGACCUCGCAACAUACCUACUGAACCCGACGCAGGAUACCCCAAAGUCUGGUCCUUUGCCGGUCGCCGCACGGGCGCUCGAGAUGAAUGGAGUAACAUCUGGGUCAGAUACUGGGGAAGACACAGCGUCUCAGGGAGGUUCAGAGUCUGAUGCCAGUCGAACAGAGGGCAGACUCCGUGCCGGCUCGAAGAAGCCAACCUCCUUCAAGCCGGUUACGUUUGCCAAGUUUUCUGUUCCCAAGGCGCCGGGAACUCCCCCGAUAACAAAGGCUUCUGAGAAAGCCCCUAUGACUUCGACUACCCCUCUGGGGACGCCGCCGCCAACCUCCCGUCCUCGCUUGGUCGUCAAGACUACCAGCAGCCUACGCGACUCGUUAUCGAAAAUGGGAACAGGUGCAGCCAAGCCUGGUGGAGCUGGUCCGGAUCCGAAUCAAGUUUGGAAUAGGAAUCGGCCCGUCCAGCAAACGCCUCCCAAGCAUUUGACCGACGAAGAGUUGAAACAACAGUACGGGAUCCAUAUGACGUCAAGGAUACAGGAAGAUGGCGGGGGGAGCGAAGCGAAAUGGGCUGAUAUAGACGAUGAUGAAGAUGACUGGGCUCCUGAGACGAUUGAGUGGACCGAUGGCACGAAGACAAAUCUCACCAACCAAGAGCCUGCGCCAUCCGCCCCAGUACCCAGCCAAGACAAGGUGGCAGAUGAUUUCAAGAGGGAGUUCCCUCCCGUGGAGCAAGCAGCAAGCAUCAAGGAAGCGCCAAAAUUCAUACCGAAACCUACGACGUCUAUUGGACCAAACCCCACGGUGCUUCGACUUGGAGCAAAUGCAGAAAGACAAGCAAAGAAUGCCGGUCUUGCUGCAAAGGGACCGAAUGACAAAUCUCCUUUACUAUCCACAAGUCCCGCCCCUCCGCCCGUCAAGUCGCCUUGGGCACCUCUGCCACCGGUUGAGAAGAUCUCUCCAGUUAUUCCUCCAAUCCAGGUCCAACCGCCGAUGCGGGCUCCUGCUCGAGAACCUCACCCGAUUGACGGUCCCGGUGGUCCUUUGCCUCCAAAGGAAAUUGCUGCGGACGAUUUCAACAGAUCUUACAGGGAGGUGCAGUCUGGGACCCGGGAGCUCUAUAAUUCUCGAUCCGGCCGCUAUGAACCUGCUCCUGACACGAGGAAAGGACCUUGGCGCGCUGAGCAGAGUUACCGUACCCCUGCCUUGUUGCAGAGGCCUGCCCAAGGUGAACAAAGUGGACCAGCGGAGCCCUCACCCGCUUUUCAGACACACCGAUCGAGCGGUCAAGAUGGUAUGCACUGGACACGGCGUCGGACAUCGUCUAAUGUGAGCGGGGGAAGUGGCAGCUUUGGACGUCGGAUGUCGAUUGGUAGACCCGAUGUGCCCCAAAAAGUGUUCGAAUCUAGGAGAGGAUCACAGGUAAACGGAAUGAUUGAAGCGGCCAUCCCAUCCAGAGAUAUGCCACCUCCCAAGGAAGCUUCUCUACGCGAUAUUUCGCCUUCCCGACGUGGUCCUGGUCCGUGGCCUUCAAGAGGUGCUGCAAAUGUGCAAGACAGGAUGACCAAUGUGCCGGGCGGAACAGCACAGUUACCCACUGCUCCACCAGUUGAAGAACAGGCACCAGUGCCCCAACCGCCUCAGGAAGACCCUGUCGCUAUGCAAGAACGCAUCAUGAAGGAAAAGAGGAUGGAAGCUCGGCAGCGGAGAAUAGAGCAGGAGGAACGGGAAGAGGCUGCGAAGCGUGAACGGAUCCGGCAGAAGCUCGAGGCGCUUGGUCCUCCGCCCGAAAAGCCAAAGUCAAGGCGUAAGGAGUCUCUGGAUGCCGGUAAGCCCGAGGCAAAUAUCACGCAGGCUACCGCGCAAGCUGCCCAUUCUCCUCCAAAGCCUCCAGUACCUGAACCGAGCGGGGAGCCGAAGCAAUAUGGAAUGAUGAAGGUCCACCAUCCGGACACUGUGAAGAAGCUUGUGGAUAGGGAAAGGGGCAAUGCGGAUAAAGCACCAUCGGUGGCCACUGCGCGACGCACCUCUUCGCCAGCGCGUGAGCCCAAGCAAGAGACUAGCCUGCCGAACGGAUCUCAGCAACCUGUCGUUGCUCAAACAGCAAGCUCAGAAAACUUGCCGGAGACCAAGGUUGAUGAACAAAGUUCCCAGUGGAGAGGCAAUCUUACUACACCCAACACCUAUCUGCCUUGGUCCCCGAAUCCAAAAUUUGUGGGACCGACACCUCCUGCCAUCUCAAAUCCUUGGAAGCCUCUUAGCAAUGACAAGACGCUGGGCAACGGUAUCUUCGAGCAAAGCCUUGGAGGCUUCCCAGGGAGAGAUAUCUCCAUACGCAGUCAUCUAGGUCUUGAUCAGCCACCCAUGGCCCCGGCGACUCAACCCUUCUCCGCUCCCUCGCGAUCUCCACAGGAUGGCGUAUCCAUCUCUCCGUUACCGUCCCCGGAAGCUAGGCAUGUCUCUUACGACAAUAUAAACCCUAUGCUGCGUCCCGGGCCUAUUGGACCUCCAAGCUCGCAGCACUCACACCGGCAACAACAAACAGUGGCCUGGAACAAUUUCCAUGCAGUCGCUGCCAAACAUGAGGCAGAGGAGAACGAGAGGCUUCGUAACGAGUACGAUUCGAUGCGUGACGGCCCAUCUUCUUCACUCCCUGUUACCUUCAACGAAACCUGGAAGCAGGUCCGGACCGGUGACCAGGCUGGGCAGAGACAAGUUGUUGGAAUCACCAAAUCAGCAGACAACACCGCACCUCUGCCAAAUCCUCUUCCUGGAUUUGACCCCACCGUCAGCUCUUUGCCUUUCACUGAGACUCCUGCUCGUCCUCUCGGCAGCGUUCCGGUGCGAAGCUCACGAUUCUUCCCUCAAGCAACGGAGCAUCUGAGGAAGCCAGCGAAUGAUGAAGGUGAUUAUUUCCGGAGUACUUCGCCGCCUCCCCCUGAAGAAAUGUCAAACCACCCAGUUUAUACUGGUGCCUCGAACAGGCCUCUGGUCCAUCUCCCUGCGCCGAAACCCAUUGUCAAGCUUCCUCCUAAAGUCAUCGCUCCGCCUCCACCGCCCCCCACCUUUGCCUCGAUGGUUGCUGCCCCUCCGCGCCCACAGCACGGCACAACGGCCACUUCCUGGCAGGAGAAAAUAAAUACUCUCUUUGGCAAGAAGACGAUACCCGAAAAGAGAAAUGCGCUGGCGGUCACAUCAGCGACCAAAGAGCCUCUUGAUGUUCAGUUGCAUAUUGCUUCAGUCUCAGUCUCCCUUCCUUGCAACGGCGAGCUUCAUGUCGGAGACGGUGAAGUAAGUGCGAAGCAAGUUGAAGAAGCUGAGGAGAUCUUUGAGGACCGUGAAGUAGGGUCUCUACCAGUCGUCAGGGUCCCAACCAGAGCGCCUCCAGCAGCGUGGCAGGCUGCGCGAGCACCUUCGCAGUCCCGGUUGCGGUCCAAGCAUUUGAAGUCGAUGCAGAUUCUCAGUGUUGAGCCUUUCUUCGUUGGAUAUAACGAUAGGGAUUCCGCAGGAAACACAAGGGUUUCGAUCCGCUUCCCCGGUGCGGCUCUAGCAAAGACCAUGACUCUCCCUCGAAAGGCAGGGGCAAACAAUCCCCGCCCACGCGGCCCUUCGGGUUAUAGUAAGCCUCGAAAGACUACAAAACCGCGCGAGGGCACCGCCUCACAAGCAAAGAAGCCUGCCACGUCUCAGCAAAGUAACGGCAGCAACUCUCCGCGACGUCAGUCCCGGACUGCAUCCUGGGGACCCCGUACUUUCAGCGGAUCCCAGUGA